AUGGCUGCACCAGAAGGGGUUGUGCCCACCAAGGUUGAGGCCGAUGAGAAGGCCACCGGUGGCCUUCCUGGCUACGACACCGGCAGUGGACAGGAGAUCCGAGGCGAUAUCAGCGAGGACAGCUGGGCAACACGCAAUGGCCUGAACAUGAAGUCCUUCACGAAGAAGGAAUAUGGUCUGGGCCUUGUCGAGCUCGAACGCGCCAUGAGCUCCCGUCAUCUCCACAUGAUUGCCAUUGGCGGUUCCAUUGGUGCUGGUUUCUUCGUCGGUUCCGGUGGUGCUCUGAGUAAGGGUGGUCCAGGAUCGCUCUUGAUCGACUUCGUUCUCGUGGGUAUCAUGAUGUUCAACGUCGUGUAUGCCUUGGGUGAACUCGCUGUUAUGUAUCCCGUCUCUGGUGGCUUCUACACGUACUCGACUCGCUUUAUCGAUCCUUCGUGGGGUUUCGCCAUGGGCUGGAACUACGUCUUCCAGUGGGCCAUCGUACUACCGCUUGAGUUGACUGUUUCUGGUCUUGUUGUCGCAUACUGGAAUGACACUGUCAACGUCGCCGUUUGGAUCACACUUUUUCUCGUCGUCAUUAUCAUCAUCAACAUCUUCGGAUCUAUAGGAUACGCCGAGGAGGAAUUUUGGUCGUCCUGCCUGAAGCUCGGAGCUACUGUCGUCUUUAUGAUCAUCUGCCUCGUCCUGGUCCUCGGUGGCGGACCGUCCAGCGGCAGAUACAGCGAGUACCAGGGUGCGAAGACGUGGUAUGACCCUGGCGCAUUCCGCAACGGCUUCAAGGGAUUCUGCUCUGUGUUCGUCACGGCCGCUUUCUCCUUCUCCGGUACAGAGUUGGUCGGUCUUGCUGCCGCCGAGGCUAAGAACCCGGUCAAAACACUUCCCGGUGCCAUUAAGCAGGUGUUCUGGCGUAUUUCGCUCUUCUACAUCCUGGGCCUGUUCUUCGUCGGGCUGUUGAUCCCCUCCGACGACCCUGCGCUGCUCUCCGAAUCCGCCUACUCUGAUGUUAAGGCCUCUCCCUUCGUGUUGGUCGGCAAGUACGCCGGUCUCGUUGGCUUCGACCACUUCAUGAACGUGGUCAUCCUUGUCUCUGUCGUGUCGAUUGGUGUGUCUGGUGUUUACGGUGGUUCGCGUACCCUCACUGCUCUCGCCCAGCAGGGUUAUGCGCCCAAGAUCUUCACCUAUAUUGAUAGAUCGGGACGCCCGCUGCCUUCCGUGCUGGCUGUCAUCAUUUUCUCGCCCUUGGCGUAUAUCAACCUCAGCGCAAGCGGUCCUGUAGUGUUUGACUGGCUGUUGGCUCUUUCCGGUUUGGCUGCGGUCUUCACCUGGGGAUCCAUUUGCCUGGCGCACAUUCGCUUCCGCAAGGCGUGGGCCUACCACGGCCACACCGUCGACGAGAUUCCAUUCAAGGCCAUCGGUGGCGUUACCGGCUCCUGGAUCGGACUUUUCCUCUGCUUCAUUGUGCUUGCUGCUCAGUUCUACACUGCUAUCGCACCCCCUGGCACGACCGAGCUCAACGACGCUGAAGGCUUCUUCAAGUCGUAUCUCGCCCUUCCUGUCGUCAUUGUGUUCUGGCUUGGUGGUUUCUUCUGGAAGCGCACUGGCUGGCUCCGCACUGCCCAGAUGGAUGUCGACACUGGCCGACGUGAGCUUGACUGGGACGAGAUCCACGCAUACCGUGCACACAUCGCCUCGCUCCCCGCAUGGAGGCGCGCACUCCACAAGGUGUGGUAA